CAUCUUUUCGCUCGUGUGAGUGCCAUUCGUACGUGUAUCUACAAAAUUUGGGAAGAUCCUGCAGACUGCAGUAAUUUUAAAGUAAAGUAAAAUAGUUUUUUGCAGAGUAAAUAAAAUAAAAAAGUUACUGAAAAUACCAGAAAGAUGGUCGCUAAAUUGAUCUAGUGAUAUUGCAGCUAAGGCUUGGUGAACAUCUAUUUAUGUAAGAUUACACAUUUUUGGUGUUCACUGAUGCCAAAAUCUAAAAGAAGUAAAACAGCAAGACUGUUGGUACAGCGCGCGAAGAGCUAAAGCAGCUACAGCGAAGAAAUUCGGGAACGGCACACACACACACACAUACACAACCAAUAUACAUAGAAAUAAUAAAAACAGCAAAAGGCAACCAUUUGCGCAAUCCCUCUCCAUUUUUGUCUUCUACUAGUUUAAAUUUAAAUUGGCGUUGUUUGAAAUAAAAUGUCUGCUACAAUGCGAGCGACAUUACAAACAGUUCCUGAAACCCUACCAACCGAGCAUGUGUCCUCCACAACGGAUGCGGCUGCGGUGUCAUCAAACACCCCAACGACAAAUUCUUUAACGGCCAUUACCUUAAACACAUCGCAGCAGCAAUACAAUAGUACCAUAAAUGGUUCAGUGCAUUCAGUCAAGGACCAGCAACAUGACUCGGCAAAUGCCAAUAUUAUUGCACUGCCACAAACCACAACAACUAGUGUUGUUAUUGCAACAACAACAGCCACCACACCAAUCGCUGCGGCUAAUGUUACAGCAAAUACGACUGUCAAUAUUACAUCCCAAUCACAACCACAACAACAGCAGUCACAGCAGCAGCAGCAGCAGCAACAACAAACGCAUCAGCACCAGCAACAACAGCAACACAGUCACCAGCAUCAACAUCAUCAUCACCUUGUGAAUAAUGCUACUACAACAGAUGGUGGUGGACGAUUGCCUCCCAAUAAUACGUCUACAACGGCGGCCGUUAUAAAUCACCAUCAACAUCACACCUCCGGCAUAACAAGUGUUGGAGGUGGUGGUGGCGGCGGCGGCGGUGGCAGUGGUGUUGGUGUUGCACCGCUGCCCGUUAAUAAAAACAUUUUGGCUUCGCACUCGAAUUCAGCGACGAUGAAGCAACGAACAUCUUCGGCUAAGAUAUUUCAGCCACCCACCCUAAUUCCUAAACUACUUUAAGCGAAUGCAAAAAAAAAUUAUUUGUUAUUUACUACGUGCAUAUGUUUUUCCUAAAUGAAGAAAACAAAAUUACUGUAUAAUUUCGCAUGUAUGAUAGUGCUAUCAGUUUUGGUUUUGUGCAACUAAUCACUUAAAAAACGCUUAGCUCUGCAAAAAAAAAA